AUGAAGAUUCGAACCAAGCACUCGUCUUUGAUCCUCCUUCUCCUACCCGCCGUAGCGAGCGCGCUCUCCUCUCACGACAUUGCAGACCUACCUGCCCCUGUCGCAACAAUCCCAGAACAAACCGAAGUCCUCCCUGAGGCCGGCGUGAAGCGUCAUGAUAUUCCUACAAGAGAUGCCCCAGUCGAUGGCAAGGAUGGAAAGCCUCACCACGGACCGUUCAUCGACACAGAUGAUCAUAGAAAGAUAGCCCCUGUGGUUCCCGAUGCUGGAUCUAAUGCUGCAGCUGGCCCCGGAGCUGGCACCGAUACUGUUCCCGUUGCUCGUAACGAAGCUGAGGCUGGAGCUGGAGCUGGAGCCGCAGCCAAGGCCGACCCCAACACAGAAUCUCUCCCUGCGUUGAAGGGUCGACCCAACGACCCGACAAUUGUUGAUGGCGAAAAGAUCCCAGAAAGCAACGAUGGUGUUAUGUUCGACACCAACCGAGCCCAUCCUCAAGAAGGCACUACUGGCACCGAGGGUGGCGUGACUGAGCGGUACAAGGCCCGAAAGCUUGAAGAGGAUCUUGCAGGCGAGGAGACCUUCAGGAAACCCUCACCACCUAAGGAGGCGCCCCCACUGCCACAUAGUGAAGAGGAGAAGAUUCGUGCUUCUGGAGACAAGGCCGUUGUGCCUGAUGCUGAGGCUGGCAGUGGAAAGACAGAAGAUGUGGUGCCCAAGCCUGCUAAGCCUGUCGUUGGCAAUGACGAAGAUCAUGAUUAUACUGCUGGAUUAGAGAAACCAGCUGACCUUCCUGACCGACCUAUUGGACAAAACAAACCUGUGCAGGAUUCUGCAAAGACUGAACCCGUCGAUUUGAGCCGGGGAACUACACACGAUGCACACCACGAUGAAGAGAGCAUCAUUCAACCAUUCCACUCCUUUAUACUAUCCUUCACCAUGAUCCUGGUCUCCGAGGUUGGAGACAAGACCUUCCUGGUUGCGGCUCUCAUGGCCAUGAAGCAUGACCGUAUGGUUGUCUUCACUGCUGCCUUUGGUGCUCUUCUUGUCAUGACUGUUCUCUCAGCCGUUUUGGGCCACGCUGUCCCUACUUUGAUCCCCAAGCGUGUGACCAGUUUCCUCGCUGCGGGCCUCUUCUUUGUGUUUGGCGCCAAGCUCAUGCGGGAGGGUAUGCAGAUGGAUCCCAACGAGGGCGUCUCUGCUGAAAUGCACGAGGUCGAACAGGAGCUUGCAGAGAAGGAGAAAGAAAUGGGCCGUAAGCGAGGCAACUCUGUCUCCGCACACACUCUUGAGAUGGGUAUGAAUGGCAACGGUAACGGCAAUGGCCGAAGGUCUCGACCCAGCAACCGCCUCAUGUCGCCUCCUCGAUCACCUUCUCAGUCUCCUGUACGAGAUGACCGCUCUGGUUCAGGUGCUGUUUCCAGCGCUGUACAGGGUGCUACAAACCUCUGCUCUCUGCUGCUCAGCCCUGCUUGGGUUCAGACCUUUAUCAUGACCUUCCUUGGCGAGUGGGGUGACCGAAGUCAGAUUGCUACUAUUGCCAUGGCUGCUGGUCAGGACUACUGGUGGGUGACACUCGGUGCUACCUGUGGCCAUGCUAUUUGCACUGGUGUUGCUGUUAUCGGCGGUCGAGCAAUUGCAGGCCGUGUUAGUCUGAAAGUUGUCACUGUCGGCGGUGCCACUGCUUUCCUCAUCUUCGGCGUUAUCUACCUCCUGGAGUCUCUUUACAGCUAG